AAAUUUUUCCAACCAGUUUUCCUCGCGUAGUGAAGCGGAGGCUGAGAUGAUCCUCGGUUAGCAUGCUCAUUACAUCUGGAGGACGUAAGGAAGACGACAGCCAGGAAUAAAUAAAGUGUUAUACGGCAAGAAUGUUGCCCCUCACAGACUUGUUGCUAGAGAAACUGACUGUGGAGAAAACCCUGUUCCGAACCAUGGUUAUCUCCAGCCUGCUGCUGUGCUUGCUGGUCCUCCUCAUCCAACAGUGUUUAAAAAUCUUUGACAUCUGCUACUGCUAUUAUGUCAACUGCCAGAGACUCCGCAGCUUUCCACAGCCGCCUCGCUGCAAUUGGUUCCUAGGCCACGUGGGAACGAUUCCACCCACUGAAGAGGGUUUGACCAAAUUGGUCCAGAUUGUAAGCACCUUCUCCCCGAUAUUUAUGGUGUGGAUGGGACCCUUUAUCCCAGUCUUAUCAUUGGUUCAUCCUGAUUAUAUCAAGCAAGUUAUGACAGCAUCAGCUGAUACUGCUCCCAAGGACAAAUUCUUCUAUGGCUUCCUGAAGCCCUGGCUUGGAGAUGGAUUAUUACUGAGCAGUGGGACAAAGUGGGCUCGACACCGGCGUUUGCUCACUCCUGCUUUUCAUUUUGAUAUCCUGAAACCUUAUGUGAAAAUCUUCAAUCAGAGUACAGACAUCAUGCAUGCCAAGUGGCACAGACUGAUCUCAGCAGGCCCUAUUUCUCUUGACAUGUUUAAGCACAUCAGCCUCAUGACUCUAGACAGCUUGCAGAAAUGUGUUUUCAGCUCUAAUAGCAACUGUCAAGAGAAAUCAAGUGACUAUAUUGUGGCCAUCUUGGAGCUUAGUUCUCUUGUUGUGCAGCGACAAAAUAAACUGUAUUUGCAAUCUGACUGGGUUUAUUACCUGACACCCCAUGGCCACCGUUUCCGUCGUGCAUGUAAAAUUGUGCAUCGUUUCACAGCGAAUGUGAUUCAGGAACGGCGAAUGGCACUAAGCCGCUUGGGCCAGAAUGCCUGGCUCAUAUCAAAGCAGAGCAAAACCAUUGACUUCAUUGAUGUUCUGUUGUCGGCCAAGGAUGAAGAGGGUCAACAUUUGUCUGAUGAAGACAUAGCAGCUGAAGCUGACACAUUCAUGUUUGAAGGCCAUGACACUACAGCAAGUGGCUUGUCCUGGAUUCUAUACAAUUUGGCUCAAUACCCCAAAUAUCAAGACCAGUGCCGGGCAGAAAUUCAAGAUCUGCUGCAGGGACGGGAAACAGAAAAAAUUGAAUGGAAAGAUCUCUCCUUCAUGCCCUUCACCACCAUGUGCAUCAAGGAGAGCCUGCGCCUGCACCCUCCAGUCACAGUCAUAUCUCGACGCUGCACUGAAGAUGUGAACCUUCCUGAUGGACGAGUUAUCCCUAAAGGGAAUGUCUGCCUGGUCAGUAUCUUUGGGACCCAUCACAAUCCUGCUGUAUGGCCAGACCCUGAGGUCUAUAACCCAUAUCGCUUUGAUUCAAUGCAUCAUCCACUAGCUUUUGUGCCCUUUUCUGCAGGACCCAGGAACUGCAUUGGGCAGAACUUUGCCAUGGCAGAGAUGAAGGUGGCCCUGGCCCUGACACUGUUGAGGUUUGUGGUGCGAUUGGAUGAGAGCCAAUCUGUACGGCGCAAACCAGAGCUAAUCCUGCGGGCGGAGAAUGGUCUGUGGUUGCAAGUGGAACCAAUCUGUGCUGAAUCUUGAUCAGAAGUUCAAUAUACAAGAUUACAUUUGCUGAUCUACAAUCUGGAAUCUAUAUUGUAAUGUGCCAAGAGGAAUUGUGACCAGAGAUGCCUUUUGCUUCUAGCUUUAUAGAAGGCAGGAUAGAUUGUUAUUUUGCAUACAUCUUUCCACCACUGUGUCUAUGUCUCCUAGUCUACUAAUUGCUGCUUAGCCCUAGUUUAUUGUUUUGCUACCAUGAAGAUCUCCAAGAGAUAUUCUAAAUUAAAGCCAUAUGAAAUGAA